AACAAUACGCAGACCCCAAAGACAACACGGACAAUCCGAACCACAGCAAUCAAUUCCUCCCUCUCUCUCUCAAGACUUCCAUCUCCAACCUCCCCUACCCCAACAAUGCACAAAUCAACCAUCUCCCCAGCCGCUCUCUCCCGCCCAACCUACCUCCGCGGCACCAACGCCCCCCUCCCCCUGGACCCCAAGAAAACAGCCCACCUAAUCAUCGACCUGCAAACCGGCUUCAUGCAGCCCUCAGCAAUGCUAGAAAUCCCCACUGCACGCGCCAUCGUGCCCAACGUCAACCUCAUCACGCAAACGCUGCGUGCAGCGGGCGGGUCAAACAUCUACCUUCAAUACACGUACGACGAGCACGAGGCCAACACGUGGUCGUCGCACUACGGACGCAUGACGCCCGCUGCACGCGAACGGAUCCGCGCUGCGUUCACGCGGGGCGGCGAGCAGCAUGCGUUGUUUCCGCUGCUCGAUGUCGAUGCUGUGGAUCGCGUGCUGGAGAAGACGCGGUGGAGUGCGUUUACGCCGGGGACGUGUUCUUUGGAUCGCGUUUUGAAGGAGUCGGGGGUGGAUACUUUGAUUGUUACUGGCACGACGACGAAUAUUUGUGUUGAGAGUACUGUGAGGGAGGCCAUGCAGUUGGGGUAUCAUGUGGUUGUUGUGGUGGAUGGGUGUGCGGCUCGGACGGAUGAGCUGCAUAAUGCGAGUUUGGAGAAUAUGUGCUUGUUUGGGGAUGUGGUGGAUUGUGCGGAGGUUGUGAAGAGGAUUAGGGAGGGGGUAGUUGAGGGGUGA